GCAUCUGCAUGGUGGGCUCAUUCAUCAACAUCGCCUGGGCUAUAGUGGACUACCGUCGGUGUCUCCGUCGAUCCUUACCCCAGGUCCAAGAGAUGCCUUCUGGCCUUCCUACCUUCGUUUACCUCCUGUACAAGCUCUUGACCAUCACCGCUCACAUCCUCAGCCUCAGCCUCUUCCUCGUCCUCAGCCCCUACAGUACCCUGGGGAUGGCUGUCGUCUGGCUGGCCGGAACCCUCUGGGCCCAUUGGGUCCGUACUGACUUCUGCACGUCUAAAGGUCUAGAGAGGCUCUAUCGGAUCGUCGUGGGAGUCGUCCUCAUAUUCACCUUCUUUAACGUGAAAGGACAGGAUACCAGAUGGCCGAUGGCUGUGUACUACGUUCUCUUUGCGUUAGUGAACCUCUCUGGUCCUUUGCUGCUGGUUCUGGUGAGGCCAGAGGUUAACGCUACUGAGUACUUUUGGCCGGUGACUCUGCUGAUAUUUGGAGGGACCGUUCUAGGGCUGGUCUGUCUGCUCCUGUAUUAUACUGUCUGCCAUCCCAGAGGGAGGAGUCUACAGGCAGAUGAGGUGGAUGGAAACACGGGACAGGAGAGAGAAACAGAGACGCCAGACAACAUGGUGAGAGUUAGGAACUUCCUACAGCUCUGAGCCUCGUUUCCUGCACCACUCUGAAUGACCUGAACGACCUGAACGACCUGAACGACCUGAACGACCUGAAUGACCUGAACGACCUGAACGACCUGAACGACCUGAACGACCUGAACGACCUGAAUGACCUGAACGACCUGAAUGACCUGAAUGACCUGAAUGACCUGAAUGACCUGAACGACCUGAACGACCUGAACGACCUGAAUGACCUGAACGACCUGAAUGACCUGAAUGACCUGAAUGACCUGAAUGACCUGAACGACCUGAACAGUUAAAAAGGAGUCUGAUGUUUGACCUUUCAGGACUGGUCCCUUCAGCUGAGAUGAAGGAGAGGACAUAAUGGAGUCACUUCACGCCAGUGAAACACAGCCACUAUCUGUGGAUUCAGGAUGUGCAACGCAAAACAGAGAACACAAGGUGGCACUGUUGUCUCUCUUUACAGGCUAUGGCCAUCUAGCAUUUUGGGGUAAAGUGAAGAGGAAGACGUUGCUAUGGACGUUGCCGUUGCUAUGAUGACGUUACUAUGGACUUUCUCUUUGAUAUGUUAAAGACUCUUUUACUGACCUGCCAAUAACUGAAAGAUGUCUAAUUUAUUUUAAUCUCUGACACACUUUCCACUGUUCCUGCUAGUUUAACUGUCCUUUCUGAUGUUCUGUGUACUAUUUACUAUCUGUG